CGGUUUUUGGUGGCGUUUGAAAUGCCGGUUGUUGGGAUGCCUGCAUUUCGAACGGGGAUGGUUGGCCAGUUCGUCCUCGCCGAGUCGACUCACGGAUGGUUGGAUUUCGGUUAGCCAAAUUUUGUUAAUUUGGCUCGGUGUGCCGAUGUUAGGUGUGUUGGCCCUGCUUUAGUUCCUUCCCAUUCGGCGUUUGGUUCUUCCAUUGCACCCACCCAGGUGGAAGGACAAGGCGUCGGGGGCUAAUGCAGUCGGUUUUAGGUUGGCUCUAAGUGGGUGGGACGGUUGGCUACGGUUUUCUUCGGUGUUGCAUGGCACUCAUCGACGCGACUGUCAUGGGCACCAGGCAUUCGCUGGUGGGCUGACUGCUGAGUUAAAAACUUGGCCUUUGGUCUGUUGGUGGGUUGUGCGGUGUGUAUGAAGUUUGCGAUGCGUAAUUGUGUGUGAGAUGUAUUUGGUUUUCAUGGUCAGGUUUGAUCCUUGCUGUAGCAGCGAAAACUUGCCGUGAAAGCCUUUUCAAUUUGGUGGGUUCCGCCUUUGUCUGCAAUGGUUUCCUUUGUUCUGUACCCUUUCGGUGGCAUCCUUACGUUCCAACUGCUGAGUUCUGUCGUGUGCCUGCUCGUGUGGGAACCAAAGGGUUGGCAUUCGAUUGACGCCAUGGCACCGCUUGUGGUACACUAUCUGUUGUCUCUUUUCCGGAAAGUUUUGGCCCAUUGGUUGUUGUUGAGUACUCGGGUUGGGUACACUAACGGGCACUGGUUAAGAAUUCUCUGUUAGCCUAACUCUGCCCAUUAAGUAUUUUGUCCUAGGGAUCCCUGGUUCAUUAUUGGCUUCACCUUCACUUCUGUGAUUGUGUUUCCCUCUGGGGGGUAUGGUCCCUGAAGGAUUUUUCGGUCGGUUUUAAAAGGCCUGGUUUUUGCCCUUGCUAGGCCCUGCGUUAGCUCACACCCUCCCUUGGCGCCUCGUUCGGCUAGUGUCCCACCCACUAGCAACAAGAACGGACGUCAGAGCUAAUGCAGUUCGAGUUGGCGGUGGGAAUCGGUGUUGGGCAUCGGUUUGUUGGCCCCCGAAAUGCUGGUUGUUGGGAUGCCGGCAUUUCAAGCGAGGAUGAUUGGGAUGUCCUUGUGGGGCUGACACUCCGAGGUCGGUUUUCGGUGUGCCGGUGUUAGGUGUGUCGGCCCUGCUCUAGCUCCUUCCCUUCCGGCGUUUGGUUCUUCCAUUACACCCACCCAGGUGGACGGACCAGGCGUCGGGGGCUAGUGCAGUUGGUUUUACGGUGGCUCUAAGUGGGUGGGACGGUUGGCUGCGGUUUUGUUGGCCUUAGAAAUGCCGGUUGUUGGGAUGCCGGCAUUUCGAACGGGGAUGGUUGGCUAUUUCGUCCUCGCUGAGUCGACUCUCGGAAGGUUGGAUUUCGGUUAGCCAAAUUUCUUUAAUUUGGCUCGGUGUGCCGGUGUUAGGUGUGUCG